CGAUGAUCGCUGGUUUGCAUUUCCUAAAUCAAUCCCAACUUCAGUGGAUAAACAGAUAAACUGAAACCAGGAGAGGAUCAGUCAGACAGAUCGGCUAUGAUUACCAUUGCUCCGGAUAGGUUAGUUAUGCUGAGAAUUCAAGUAUCGAAGCUUGUAGAUGGAUUUUCAACUUAUGACUUGGUUGUUUAGUUACCUAGUUACAAGUUUCUGAAUUUAUACUUAAUCGCUUGAUUAACUUAGCGGUCAUUUUUGAAGAUGCACGUCCGAGUAUAAGAAACGUUAAUUACACAGUAGACAGAGUGUUUUUUUUUUUCAUUUUUUUUUUCGCCUUAUGGCCAAAUUGCUGUAAACUUUAAAUAACGGUGCGAGAAAAUAUAUGUGGAGAGGCCGUGAGCGAGAAUCGCUUGCUUUGCAUCCUAACCGCAUGUGGACAAGCUAAGCAGGCUUUGACGUAGAGGAAGUCGGACAUAACAAUAGAAAACAUGACACCCUCCCUUUCAAGGGUUCCCCGAAGAAGUUCACGACACCGUCACGGUCUGUGGUUCCCCCGAAGAAGUUUACAGGGAAGGAAGAACGCUUCGCGAUACAUGUCAUUCACAUCUUUGCAGUCAUCACAAAUCAUCUGGAGUUGCACGACAAGCAGUUUGAAUGAAAGUGUUUUCUGAGAAAUAUUGAUGUUAGUGGCGAUUAUAUUGUGACUCCAUACCCACUCGCACAACACUUGGAGCAGGAAUUACUUGUGAAUAAGAGGCGGAAAUAUUCAAACUACUAAAAAGUUCCUCGAUGGCUGAAGACCAUAUUGUCAAUUCCAGUAACAGCAGCUUCGAACCAAAGAAUUUCACCGUGUGUGGUUCUUCAGACUGUAUCCCGUGGCUUGUUGUAAGCAUUACUGAAUGUCUGGCCAUAGUCAUCCUUAAUUUCAUUACCAUCAUUGUCUUUGUGAAGCAGCGCAAGCUACAGCGCCGAAGCACAUAUCUGAUCAUUCAUUUAGCAGUAGUGGAUCUCUUGGUUGGAGCUGUCUCUGGGCCUGUGAUUAUUGCUUAUUUAUUUCAGUUUUACCAAGACUCAAAAGAGAGGCGUAUAUUUCCCAUAAUAAGUGAUUUAUUUCCUACAACUUCAAUAGCAAAUCUUGCUGUCAUUGCUUUAGAAAGACGCCAUGCCACAUUUUACCCGUUUAAGUAUCGAGAAGUUAAGAAAUGGGUUUAUGGGAUAGUCAUUGCAGCCGUUUGGUUAGUAACUUUGGGCAGAGAGAUCGCUCAAGAUAUUUUGUACUUUCGAGAAGAAAGUUCGUCUCUUACGAUAAUGUUUUCAAGAUUUAGUUAUGUAUUAUAUUCGUCAGUUUUUCUUAGUAUUAUUUGUAUCUCUUACAUUGCAAUUUUUAUGAAAAUCCGAUGCAGUCCCAAUCCUCAGCAUCCUGGUACAACCAGAAGAGAAAGAAGACUCACAACCACCCUUCUUUUUGUGACGCUUGCGUCUUUGCUAACUUGGCUGCCAUCUACCCUUUUCAGAGUAGCUAUAUUUUGGAGUGACAGUAUGAUGUCUUUUCAGUCCCUUUUUUAUAUUUACGUGACAGUGGCAGCAUUGAUUGGUGCCAGUUCCUUGGUAAAUCCAAUUGUGUAUGCCGUAAGGAUGCCAGAAUUUAGAGAAGGUUUGGCCGAAAUAUUCCGCAAGGCCCCGAACCAUGCAAAUGAGGCUGAGUCAGCACUAAGGACUUGUCAGCCCUCCCAUCCCUAACAUGUAUCCCUUAUCCACAAAUUAAACUCUUCACAAGAAUCGGGUCCUGAAAUUUCUUGCCAGUAUACCGUGUUCUUGCUUCUUCCAUGAUACAAUGAUUGUCACCUUUUGGAAAUGUAGUGUUUAUAGCCAUAGCACGUGUGCUUGUUAAGUAUAAACUAAUUCAUAAUCAACAUGUAAUUUCUGUAUUAAUGCAUUAUAAUAUCUUAAUUAAUGGGUUGAGUCAAGGGGUAAAGGGAUUCUAUCAAGAGUAGGAUGAUUACUUUCGCUUAAGUAAUCAGUCGCAUUUUUGAAUCGGAAUGACCGACAACAGUCCUUCCUACCAGGAAUACUCUCACGCGGACGGUUAGAUCACGGGCUCACAUGGUCACUUGGUCACAUGGUCAUAUUAAAGUGUUAAUGAGGAUUCUUUUUGUAAAUAUUAGUUUGCAAAUAUUAUUUGUAUAUUUUUAGUUCUCCAGGAAGAAAGUAGAGAACAAGUAAACUGUAAUUGGGCUAUGUAAUGGUAUUAUUUGUAAUGCAAGUCUCGUAAGUUGUACAGGUUUCUGAGACUAUGAAAUCUUAAAUUUGGAAAAGUUCAAAUAAAUGCGCAUUGGAAAA